ACACUGAGCUUAUAUUUCCUACCAUGUUUCGUAACAAAACUGCUUGGUUUUCAAGUUGCGUAAGCGAGACGUGUCUCUACUUUUGGACAUCGGAAGGAGGGACUCUCACAAGUUGGAGGACAGCAGAUUACCUUUUCAGUGAGGACGCAACAUGCCCAGAUACUCUGAGGAUAUUUGAGAGCAAAGAUUACCUCGUGGACAAGGUGACAGUGUUUCACAGCUUGUUUCUGUCUGCGUGUGAAAAGAGGCAGAGUGUUAAAUCGGUGUGCAUCGGUCAUUAUGUGCUACCUCCAACUUCUGUGCAAGAUGAGGUGAGAAAAGUCGUUGGGAGGUUGAUUUGGGAGGGUGAAGGUGAACAGUCAUCUGCACAGGAUCGAAACAUGAAUUCAUUGUGCCUUACAGACGAUGAGCAGGCUGAAAAAGAAGUCAGCAGAAGCGAUUUUGACUCAUCUGAUAUAGACUCAUCAGACUCAAGUGAAGUUCUCGUCUGUAAUCAUUUUAGAAACGCGGUUAACAACAGUUUCACAGGAUAUGUCAGCAUGGACAACCUGCAGAAAUAUUCUGGUGAUUUGUGUGAUAUUCAUCGGAGGGAUUUUAAGUGCUCCACAUGUAAAGGGCUCAUCUGUUGUGUGGAAGCAUAAGCAAACACACACUAAGAGGAAAACAAAAACAUACAAGACCUGAAGAAAUAAGUGUUUAUGACACUGUUACCAGACUGUCAGUAUAAAAUGUAAAUAUAUAUUAAGAUGUGGUUGUGCAGGUUGUGCACGUUACUGCAAUGUGUGGAGAGCAAUAAUUUUCAAUAAAAGGCAGAGGAAGGCUAAUUUAAGUAUACAGCCCAAUGCCAUAAUUUGUAAAAUACUAAAUUAAUUAAAACGAAUCAUAUC